UCUUCCCAAGCACGCUUCACAGAAAAUCCCAAAUUACAUUUCCAAUUUCCGUUUUCACCGGCGACCGGAAUGGCCCGUACCAAGCAAACCGCUCGCAAGUCCACCGGCGGCAAAGCUCCGCGUAAGCAGCUGGCAACCAAGGCCGCUCGCAAGUCUGCUCCGGCGACCGGCGGCGUGAAGAAGCCUCACCGUUUCAGGCCAGGAACAGUGGCUCUCCGUGAGAUCCGAAAGUACCAGAAGAGCACUGAGCUUCUGAUCCGGAAGCUUCCGUUCCAGCGACUCGUCCGUGAGAUCGCACAGGAUUUCAAGACCGAUCUCCGGUUUCAGAGCUCCGCCGUCUCCGCGCUGCAAGAGGCGGCAGAGGCUUACCUCGUCGGGCUCUUCGAGGAUACCAAUCUCUGUGCAAUUCACGCCAAGCGUGUGACCAUCAUGCCGAAGGAUAUUCAGCUUGCUAGGCGUAUCAGGGGCGAGCGCGCUUAAAUCUUCACCAUGAUCUUCAUUUUGUGGCUAGGUUUUGUGUAGAUAGGUAUCUAGUUUGGUUAGCCCUAAUUGUUGAACCCUUGGUUGUGUUCGCUUCUCUUUAAGGGUUUUGAAUCGAUGUACUUGUGCUUAAACGCUUUAUCAAUGAAAUUGCUAUUUUGUUCUA